GAUGGCGACAUAGAAUGGUGAACUCGCAGUGUUUUAUUGAGUUAUUUUCUAAAUGUCGGGGACACGUUUGACGAGGAAGGUGACAGUAGAAGGCAGCAAGAAGCUUCCAGAAGGAGGUAACCAGAGUUCAGCAUCGAGCUCAGGAACCAGGCGAAGUGUUUUUGACAGAUUGGGUCCAGGAACAAGCGAACGUUCAAGACCUAGAGAGCCAUAUCUUAAUGAGAAAUGUAGAAACUGGUUGCGAGAUGGCAGAUGUCAAUUUGGAAGAAAUUGUAAAUUUCUUCAUGGGCCAUUUUCUGAACCAAAACCAAGAACAAAGAGUGUUAGAAGCAUUGUGAGAACUGACGUUGACAGAUCAGAAGGAGAUGAUGGUACCAUCACUGUGCGGACUCAAAGUCUUGAUAGUCUGGAGGCUGGGGAGGAGGAGGAGGACAUUUCAGUCGUGAAGAAGAAGAAGAAACACAGAUCCACUAACGAUUCCUCUGAGCCAAGCAAGAAAAGUGAGAAGGUUAAGCGACGACAGCAGAUUGAUAAAGACUCAUCUGAAGGCGAGGGGGACGAUGGAGAUGACCAUCGCAAACGAAAAAAGAAAUUGAGAAAGCGUCAACUCAGCGGCGGAGUUGUUACCAAAACGGAAAGUCCAGAGCAAGAGGAAAGGGACUGGGGAGACGAAGAUUACGAGGAGGAACGCAGUGAUUUGGAGCGGGAAGAGCGUGGUGAGCUGGACUUCGAGCGUCAGCUCAAUUUAGAGAAGAGACGACAAGAUCUUCAACGGGAGCUGGCUCUCAUGGACGAAGAGGACGCUUUGAGGGAGAAGGCCGAACGAAAAGUAAAAGAUGUGAAGAAGGAGAGAGAUGAAGACCUCAAACCGGUGAUUCCCGUGGUUCAUAGCAAGCUGCACCCAGAGAAGUCGUCCGUAUCUCCUGCAGAUGAGUUCUCACCGGUCUCCUCGCAGUCGACUCCGAAAAAAAAGAAGAAAAAGGCGGAGGGGGAGGGAAAGAAGGUGAAGACGAAACGUAAGAUGUCUCCGUCAACGAAGGAACUGAAAAAACGUAAAGGUGUUAAACCAGUUGCGGAAAGUUCAGAUGGUGGGGUUAUGGAGGAAAGACCUAAAAAAUUGACAGAUAUAUCACCCGAAAAACCUAAGGCCCCUGUUCGAGCACAGCCUGAAUUUGAGGAGACAGCUGCAGGAAAACCACGGGUCCCGAAAAAUAAGAAGCAAGUGAAACCCAAACAAAAAGAAGGCCAAUUAACCAGGAGUUCUGGGGAUACUUAUUUAAGUCCCUCGGGUCCCUCCGGGCAUAGAGCUCCGCGAACUCCUCCUACGGAGGAAAUUCCCAGGGAUAAGAGAUCUGUUACUCCGGAAGAGCAAAGGGCGCCUGUGGAAAAACUGCGUCGAAGAACAGUCCUGUCGUCUCCAGAGGGCUCCGAUUCUCCGGUUCCUCCCUACGGCAGCGAGAGCAGGACUUGGAGGAACACGGAUCCCCCUGAUGGAAGUCCUCGAAAAACUGCUCGUGAGCUCCACAUUAACGAGCCACCGGGAGAAGCAGAAUACAAAAUAAAAGGGAAAGGCCACGAGAAGCCUUACAGAAAAGAAGAAAGAUCACCUGGUACCCCUGAGCACGGACGAAGAGUGGUGGCAAUUAAAGAUACACGUCAUGUGGAGGAGGGAAGGAGUGAGAGACGAAAGAAAAUUAUGGACGAAGAACCACCGCGUAGCCCAUCUCCCGAGGAUAUCCCCGCGCGGGAUCCUAUCACACCUCCCGAAGAACUGCGUAGGCAUAGGACCCCGCCGCCCAGGGGAGACAGACGAGGACCACAGACUCCUCCGGGUGAGCCCGAUUACGAUGACGCACCGAAGCAAGGGUCAAGUGACCGGGCUGCCCCCCGGCACCGUGGACCCUACACUCCACCCCUCCCUAACAAUCCCUCGGUGCGCAAUCGAGAUGAAAGAAAUCGUGAAGAAUUUCACGACGGUAGGUCUGAGGCCGUGCCUUAUCGCGAUGAGGCGUCUGUGCCUCGUAGUAAAGAGCGACCUGAACGUGACGCUAGAUACUCAAGACAGAGGGGUGAUGAUGGGGUCGAUGACACGUCGCGAGGCAGCCGAAGUCAUGCUCCAAUAGACGAAGAUUUUCCGAGGGGCCGAGGUCGAGACGAAGAACUUGGUAGAGUUAGACAUCGCAAUGAGCGUCAGGAUGACUAUCAUCAACGCAAUCGCCCAAAAGAUGACCGAGCGGAUGACUUUCACCGAGUUCGAGAUCGUGAACCAGAUCGAAGUGACGAUUAUUACCGAAGCCGGGCCGAAGAGCCCCGAGGCGGUGAACCACCACGCAGGAAACUCGAGGUAGAUGAGGAAUAUCUUCGGCGACGCGAAGAUCGAGAUGACGAUCAUUUGCGCGCCCGUAAUCGAGAGGUAGAGAGAGAAGACGAACGUUCGCGACGGAGAGACGAUCGCAAUGACGACCAUCAACGAGGCCGUGUCCGUGAGGAGCACGAAGAUGACAUGCAGAGGCCCCGAGGCGGGCGUGAUUUUCCCAGGCGUCCGUUCGAAGGAGGAGAUGAAAGACAUUGGGAAAGACACGGGGAGAGAGACAACAGAGAAGUGCAGUUUGGCGACAGGGAUAGAAGGAGACCGGAUAUGCCUCGGCAAGAUGUGUCUGACAACCGCAGCCGUGAAAGACCUGGAGAGAGACCACGUGAUAGAGACGGUCGUUAUCCACCGCCCGGACCUGACUAUCACAGACGCUCGCCUACCAUUCCCCACGGGUCACGUCGAUCACCUCCACCCCAUGGACCUCCACGUGGGCCGCAUCGGUUUGAAGAGCGCAGACGUAGUUUAUCUCCUGGAGGACGCAGGGAGGAGGGUUAUCGCCAGGGUCCUCCGCGAGACCAAAGCGGUUAUGGCAUGGGACGCGAGCCAGCGCAUGGGAGAGGUGGGCACUCCGCGCCUUUUGAAAACCGUGGCCGACCCGUGGAGGGUAGAAGAAGAACUUCACCCCCUCCAAGACAGUACGCAGAGCGUGGCCGAGGUGCCCCGAGAGGGAGAGGAAUCAGAGGGGGCCGGGGUUUUCCCGACAGAAGUCGGCCGCCAGGGGACCGGUACCAAGACUCUCCUCGUGAUAGAGGGGCACCAUGGGAUCCCGAGCGCCGACGUGAAAGAGAUCAUCCACGCGAUCGGAAUCGACCGCAUGACGAGUCACGUGAUCGGGACAGACGUCCGAGAGGUGAACUGUCUCCAGGUCGAGGUCCAAGGCAUUGGGAAGAUAGGAGAGCUGGGAGCCCGGGACGAGUUGUUAGUCCAUCGCGCGACCACCGUGCGCAUGAGCAGGAGAAGAUACCGCGGGAAGCGGAGGAAGAGGGCAGGCGUCGUUCAGAUGAAGAAGAUGAAGAAUGGGAAUACGAAGAAGAUUUAGGAGACGAUAAAGAUAAAAUACCUCGACAAGGAGAAAGAAAAAGACCCAGAGAAACAGGCUCGUCUGUAUCAACCAUCGAGUCGCCUGUAGGAGGCAAAAAGCGCCGAAGUGAAACCCCUGAAAUGGAAGCAACGGCCGUCAGGGAGGUGCCCGAAGUAAUCGAAAAACAGGAUGAUCAUGAAAAGGAUGUCAUUUCGGCAGCUCCUGUCAAGCAAACUGCAAAACCUAAGAAAAAGAAAGUCGGGAAAAAAGGGAAAGGUCCAAAACUUGACGGCGAACCUGAUGUUGAAGUACAAGUACCACAUGAAGCGCCUGCACAGUCCGAAGAAUCGCCGGAAGGUGGGAAGCCUGUUAAGGUUGAGAAAAAGCUCAAGAAAGAGAAAGGAAAGACAAAAGAGAAGGUGACGAAAAAGAAGAAGAAAAUUACCAGUGUGGUGGCACCAGAGCCCGCACUGGGCACAGAGAAAAACGAAGAACCAGCUAGCAUGACGGAAGAAAGCGGGGUAGCAUCGUCGGAAAAUCUUGGGGAGGUGACGCAACAGUCCGAAGAGGAAUUGAUUCCUAAGGUGGCUAAAAAACGCCGGCAUCCAGCUGCUCCUGAAGGGGAGGAAACGAAGGUGAAGGGUGGUGAUAAACCACCGAAGAAGAAGAAAAAGAAGAAGCAUCAGCCCGAGGUUGUCGUUCAACCUUGGGCCGACCUCGAAGACGAGGACGAAGAAACGGUUCUAUACAAGUCAGAGAGCAACGAGCGCCAGAGUAGUGUCAAGGAUGGUCAGUUGGGACAGGCCAGGGAGAUCGAAGAGAAUAAAUCGUCCAACACAGCUGCAUAUGGAAGAAAGGAAACGGGAGAUGCUCCAAAAGUUGAGGAAUCCGUGGAAGUGUUUAGUGAUUGGAGCGACGAUAGUCCUAUCGGAGACGACGCCUGGUCCGAUGUUAACGAACCGGAUAUUUCUGAGAGCAAACCGAAAACCAACGAUAAGGAACCCUCAGCUGUAACGUCACCAGUUCGGAAUGAAGCGCCAACGUACGACGAUGUUUACGACCCAAUUAGUGACGAUGAACUGGACGCCAUGUUAGGGGACGACGAAGAAGAUGCCGGAGCCGGGGUUCCUGAUAGGAAAGGCCCAUCUAGUGCUCCUAUGGCGGUUGAGGACGUUGAUUGGAGUGCGUUGGUCUCUGCGCAAAACACCUCGGACAAAACGGGGGAAGAACCCGGAGCUCACUUGAAACGCUUUACACCUGGUCACGUGUUCUCACGCAUUGGAAUCUCUUCGUCGCUUGCUGGUCCACGGUUAACCAAAUUGGUGCAAAAAGCAUCCGCUGAGGUGGCAAAAGAUAAACCCUCAGUGAGAGAGACAGUUGACUCAGGUGAUGUCGACGACGGGGAUGUUUCUCAAGUCACAAACAGUAUUGGCGCGCUGAUGGCAGGUGCGGCCGCAAAAAGGCGCGAAAGAGGAAUGUUGUUUACGGACGUUGGACCUUGCAGACGGGCGCUGUGCGCCCGUAGGGAUCUGGCUAUGAGAAAGCGACUUAGGAGGCUGACGGGCAAGGUCGGUCUUUUCCAAGUUCCAUCAUCCGCCCCAGUCGACAACGAACUUUAUUCCAUGAGCGUGGCCUUGUACAAACACGAACAUUCCGCCAUGGACUCUCCUGCGACAAAGUUAAUCCCCUCUAGGGUGGGGGCGGUUCUCGCCACGGUGAAUUCUUAAGAUUCUUAAACUACGCUUGCUCAGACCACAUUUACUGGUGUGGACGUCAAUGAGGAAAAUGGCGAAUUUUUAAAUAUAUAAGAUAGCUCGGGUACAACGAUAUACUGUGGAACCUCGAUUUAACGAAGUGCCAAGGGACUGGGGAAAUUGGUUCGUUAUAUUGAGGGUUCGUUGUAUCGAGAUUCUGUGACACACAUUUCACUGUAACUUAAGCCGGGCUGAAACUGAAGUUAAAUAGAGGUUCGUUAACUCGAGGUUCCACUGUACCAGCAGAAAACCCACGCGUUCUCAAGAACUAGAUUAUCGUCCGUUUGAGAAWUAAAGUACGCCAAUAUUACAGUUAUA